UGAAUGUUUGGUAGUCUAUCACAUUUGAAAUAAAUAAAAAAGUGUAAUAAACUAAAGUUCCAAGUGGUUUGUUUACUUAUCGCUAUCUAUGAUGAUAAUUUGAUCACAUUCCUGUAAUUAUAGAGUUAAUUGCUCUUUAUGUGCUGUUACAGUCAUAUUGCCACACUCAUAUGCCCAAAAGAAGAGAAACAAAUCGUUUUAUUAAGGUUAGAGUUUUACUUUGUUCAACAAGUUUAAUAAUAAACGUAUAAAUCAGCCGUAAAAAGGCAUGUACUGGGCAGUACUGUGAAUGAAAUAAACCAGUAAUGACAAUGGAUGAACAAUUAAUCCAGUUUAUCAACUGUCGUAUCCUCAGAGAUCACAUUCUGGUGAAGGAUGACUUGUGGGUACGCAAUGGUAAAAUUGUGAAUCCUGAACAGGUGUUUUUUGAUGAAAGGAGAAGCUCUGAUGUUCAGAUUGAUUGUCAUGGAUGUAUCAUUGCUCCUGGGUUUAUAGAAGCUCAAAUAAAUGGUGCAUUUGGUAUUGACUUCUCAAAUCUUGGUGAGAAUUACGAGCAAGAAAUCUUAACAAUCUCCAAAGGAUUAUUGCAACAUGGUGUCACUUCUUAUUGUCCAACAAUGGUUACUUCACCAGUGGAGGUCUACCACAAGAUAAUAAAGAAUAUCCAAAGACACCCAGGAGGUAAACAUGGAGCUACUGUCUUAGGAUUGCACCUGGAAGGACCUUUUAUUAAUGUAGAGAAGAAAGGAGCACAUCCACCUCAUUGUAUAAAAGAAUUAAGUAAUGGAUUUAAAACAUUAAUGGACACUUACGGAUCAAUCGACAACGUGUCACUUAUUACUUUAGCGCCAGAACUGCCAAACGCCUUAGAAGUUAUCAAAGAACUCACGGCAAGAGGAAUUGUCACAUCAGUUGGGCAUUCCAUGUCUAAUUUACUUGAGGGUGAAGCUGCAGUCAAGGAAGGUGCAUCGUUGAUAACGCAUUUAUUUAAUGCUAUGCUUCCUUUUCACCAUCGUGAUCCAGGCUUAGUAGGCCUUCUGCAAUCACAUAACAUUCCAGCAGGUAGAACAAUAUACUUUGGAAUUAUCCCAGACGGGAUUCAUACGCAUCCAGCAGCGUUAAGGAUAGCUUACAAAGCUCAUCCUGAAGGACUAGUAAUAGUCACAGAUGCAAUAUCCGCGAUGGGAUUGCAAGAAGGCACUCAUAAUAUUGGUCAGUUCCUGAUUGAUAUAAAAAAUGGACGUGCGUGCAUUGCUGGGACGGAGACUUUGUGCGGGAGCAUCGCCACCAUGAACGAAUGCGUUCAAAAGUUUCACAGAGAAACUGCUUGUACCAAAGAAUUUGCUCUUGAAGCAGCUUCUCUUCACCCGGCGAAAGCUUUAGGUAUUUCCGACCGCAAGGGAUGCUUGGAUUUUGGCUGCGAUGCAGAUUUGGUGUUUGUAGACGAUGAAUUGAACUUAAUAUCAACGUGGAUUGCGGGCGAAUGUGUUUACAAGGUUUAAGUUUUAGAAAUUAAGUAAUAUGCGCUUACUAACUAUUGAAAUUAGUCUGAAUCUUAUAGCUUUUUAUACAUAUACACAAUUUUAUAUCUUUCAUAAGUUUUACAUGAUUGCUAAACAUACAAUAUAUAAAUAUACAUAUACAUAUUAAA